CACCUGCGAGGUUCCGAAACAAGUAGCCGAAUAAAGGCGCAAUCCCAAGUACGGCUGUGACCUUUCUGAACAUGUCGAGUUUAGGUUAAUCGUAAAUGCGCAAGCGACGAACCUCCUGUCUACGGACGGGUUGAAUGCGCUUUGUCCUCUGACUGGUGACCUGCACCCGCAACACAAUCCUGUGGUGUCCAAUCAUUCCUGCAAUUUGCUUUCCGUACCCACUCGUACCUGAACUGGAUUUUGUUUCAAUAAAAAUUUGUUUGUUCGUUUGAAAUUCGAAUUACGUAAAGGUGUAGAGGAUACAAUGGAUCCAAUCCCAGAAUUAUUACGCACGAUCCGGAUCGCGCUUGCCAAUGCAAGCAUUAUUGCUGAGCAAGAUCCGACAAUGAAAGACCAGAUUGUUGCAGAGGUCGUCGAGCAGUUGACCCGUGCCGAAGCCAACAUUAUACGCCAACGUCGAGAAAACCGCGUGGAGAAGGCAUACAGUACUUCUGUGGUGAAUCUCUUCGAGGACUUCUUACGCAGACAGAAGACUCAACAAAAAGUCGCCGAAAGCGCGCUGAAACGGGAGAUUAAGAUGAAGGACGAUGAAAUCGCAAGGAUGAAGACAGCUUUACGCGAGAUUGCGAUUUCGGUCGGGGGAGUUGCGGACGCUCUAGAGCAGUUCACUGCCUCGUGUGCUGGAGGGAAGCCCCCUCGACCGAAGUAAACCAGCUCUUUUUGUCAUCUUUCAUCUGCACUCUGUGUGUGAACUUUGUAUUCACUUAUUAUUGGUUCGGUGUCAACGCUAACAAA